AUGGAAUGCAAGGCUACGUCCUUCCAGGAAGGGGUAACACCGGCAGAAGCUUUUUUUCAGAAACCGGCAACUCUUGAGUCAGACAAAACUUUUGGAGUAACGCCGCCGGAAAUUACUGAACAACUUGCCUGCAUCCCACAGGUGAACGCCAAGGCCCGGGAAGAAUUAUUUGCCUUGGCUAACCAACGCAAGUGGCCCCACUUCCAACCUUGCAAAAUGGUUGCCAUCCGUCCCAGACUACCUACGGUGAAGCAGCACGCAGCGGACCGCCAAUUCCGCAUUCAGCAGUUUGGUCCCUUCAUGGUGAUCCGGAAUCUCGGACACAGCAAAUACCACGUCGGCGCCGGAAAGGACAUUUGCAGAGCAAACACAUGGGAAUUAGUUCCAGUCUGUGGCCUGCCUCGCCCCCCAGACCCCAUCUGGAAAGAGUUCAUAUCUCCUCUUUUUCAACCCUCUUCAGAGGAUCCUUACCUGGCGACAGAUACUCUCUUUGCCGACUCCAAGCAUGGCUUCUCAUGGCAGACAUUUAUUUUAUUCGUAGUUCUCGAGCGAAUGGCCAUGUUUCAUGCGAAUGAAGAUAAGCCAUCGACGACGGUUUCGAACAGACUCGAGGAGUAUCUUCUUCUCGCCAAAUCCGCUCAUGGAGCUGCCGCAGUUGAUCUAAUCCGAAGAGUAACGGAAGCUCCGGGCGUUUAUACAUUCGGUGAGCUUCUUCGCAUGCCGAACAUCUCAGCCCUGAAGGACGGACCUCAUCAAACGUGGGUUGAAUUCCUGCGUAUAUUUGCUUAUGGAACAGUGAAAAAUUAUAAGGAACGGGAAAAAGAAUUUCCCGCGCUUUCGGCUGCACAACUUCAGAAACUUCGUCAUCUCACUGUGGUAACUCUUGCGACAAGAGAGAAAAGCAUUCCCUAUUCAACUCUACAAGACGGCCUCGAAAUCGUCAGUGUUCGGGAAUUGGAAGAUUUGAUCAUAGAAUCUUGUUACGCUGGUAUAAUCCAAGCCAAGUUGGAUCAGAAAAGAAAUAUGGUAGAGGUUAGCUUCGUCAUUGGACGUGAUGUCGAAGAUCAAGAUAAGAAGACAAUUAUUAAUACCCUAGAGGCGUGGUGUGAUACUUGCGAAACGCUGCUCGGAUCGUUGCAGAAACAGAUUCUGGUUUCGAACCAAGCCCGUGAAGCACACGUUACCGUGAGAACUUCCUUGGAGCAGCAGGUCGCUAGCAUUCGGAUGAAUCAACGUUCCAAUAAAGAAGAUGGUGAAUGUGGUGAUGCCGGUGACGUGCUCAACCCUGGUAGAUCUACCCCCAUGCUCGACAAAACGAAAAAGCAGGUCAAAGCUAGGCUCACCCGUGGUUCAGCGAACAAUAUUGGCACCAACCGCUGGAAGUAA